UGUGAAUUCACAAAGAAGCCACCGACCGGUAGGCGCAGCACGGCAGUCCGCGCCGUGCCGUCACAGUACUACCGAAUCCCCCCCACCAAGUGGAGAGAGAAGCUCGACCGACCGAAUCACCAAACCCAUGGCGACGGCGGCGUGUCCUCUCCCUCACCGGUGGCUGCUGCUCCUCCACCUCGGCCUCCUCGCCUUCCUGCUGGCGGCGGCCCCGGCGGCCGAGGCGUGGACGGGGGAGAUCCGCGGCCGCGUGGUCUGCGACGUCUGCGCCGAUUCCGCCAUCGGCCCCGAGGACCACGUCCUCGAAGGUGCUGAGGUUGCUGUUCUCUGCAUCACGAAAUCUGGUGAGGUCAUCAACUACCAGGCAUUCACAAACUCCAAGGGCAUCUACAGCGUUGCAGAGACGAUGCCGGAGAGCGACCGGUGGGAGUCAUGCCUGGCAAGGCCCAUCAGCAGCUUCCACCACCAUUGCACCAGGAGAGGCGAUGCACACUCUGGGGUCAAGUUCACGUACAACAAACUGUCAGGGAACUCGCACAACGUCAAGACAUUCCUAUACAAGCCUGUCAAUGUUCCUCUGUACUGUAGCUAAACGGGGCGCUUGGGAGGGGAAAAAAAGAAUACUAUGAUGGGCGUAAGAUGUGUACAGGUAAUAUGUUGGCCAACCUAUAUGCUUUAAAUGAUGCUCGUCUAGAGCUAUUACUGAUCGUAGCCAUUAGAAGGGAUAUGGUGCUGUAUGCUUCAUGACUGAAUCAAUUUGUGUUUUUGAGCUAUAAAUAAAAAUAAACAUAAGCUGAAUGCCGAAGAGUA